GGCGCGCGCGGCGGCUCCGGCUUUGUGUGUAUGUGUGUGAGUGUGUGUGAGUGUGUGAGAGUGUGUGUGUGUGAGUGUGUGAGUGAGUGAGCGGGCGGGCGCGAGUGUGGCCGCCGCGGAGCGCGAGCAGGACCCGGCGGGCGCGCUCCCCCAGCCUCUCUCUCCCCGCCAGAACCAUGUCGGGCAGGUCGGUUCGAGCCGAGACCAGGAGCCGCGCCAAAGAUGAUAUCAAGAGGGUCAUGGCGGCUAUCGAGAAAGUGCGCAAAUGGGAGAAGAAGUGGGUGACUGUGGGUGACACGUCCCUGCGAAUCUACAAGUGGGUCCCUGUGACAGAGCCAAAGGUGGAUGAUAAGAACAAGAACAAGAAAAAGGGCAAAGAUGAGAAGUGUGGCUCAGAGGUGACCACUCCGGAGAACAGCUCCUCCCCAGGGAUGAUGGACAUGCACGAUGAUAACAGCAACCAGAGCUCCAUAGCAGAUGCCUCCCCCAUCAAACAGGAGAACAGCAGUAACUCAAGCCCUGCUCCCGAGCCCACCUCGGCUGUGCCCGGCGAAGGCACUGACACCAAGGCAGAUGAGACCCAGGCAGAUGGGAAGGAGCUCCCUGGGGCCGAAGAUGCUUCUGACGAGCAGAAUUCACAGUCCUCAAUGGAAAACUCGAUGAACAGUUCAGAGAAAGUAGAACGGCAGCCAUCUGGAGACGCGGGUCUAGCUGCAGAGGCGUCCGCAAUCUCUCAGGUACCUCGAUCGAGGCCUCAGAGGGGCAGCCAGAUCGGCCAGGAGCCCGUUGGGGUGUCGGGGGAUUUGGAAGGAGUCCCACCCUCUAAGAAGCUGAAACUGGAGGCCUCGCAACAGAACUCUGAAGAGAUGUAGACACUACGUUCAGUCCUGCUGUCCACGUUCCACGGGAGAGCCAUCUGCAGGCUGAAUUCUAGAACAACUUCCCCCGAGCGAUUCCUCUCGGGUGCAGACAGAACUACUAACUUUCCAAGUUUACCAAGUGCAAAUCCAAGAAAACCCAGAACAGCGUAACUUCUCAGACACUGAAGAACUUUCUGCUGUGAAGCAAAACACUUGAGUCUCGAAGGGACCGUCCUUGGGAAGGCGGAGUCGACAGCACUCAGGAGGGUCUGCACACUGUCUCUGAAGCCAAGAUUACAUUUGUGUUGCUGCUGUAUUGUUUCGUUCCCCUCUCCGCCACCCCCCACUUCUCUAUUUAACGAUAUAAGCUAUAUUUGAGGGUGGUGCCGAUCAGGAAAUCGGUUUUCGUCGGGGCAUUUCACUGUUCAGCCGAUUCCUUCCGCUUUCUUUUUUUGUGCCUUGUGCCCUUGAGGUGACCUCUGGCAUGUUUUCCCGGUUGUUUUGCAUCUCCCUUUGCAAAGUGCGCUCGGUUUUGUCCAGGCAGCCGGUGCCACCGUCCUCACCGUCUCUCCCCUCCCUGACCCGGGACUUCAGCUGGAGCGGAGCAGGCAGGGAGGAGGGGAAACUGAGGCCUUGGAGGAGCAGGACCUCCUUGGCCACCUGAUUUGCAGGUGCGGAGGGAGGGCGUUGAGCACGCCCUGGGCCCUGGGUCCUGGGUCCAAGGUCCGAGGAGUCUCGAUGUCGUCGAGGCACUGUCCCCGAGGGCGGGCCACUGGAUGUGCUCUCACUUCCUCGGGGCAUCUGAGGCUGGUGUUUCCAAGCCCACCGUGGCCCAGACGGAUACACGGAACCCUUAGAUUGUUCUGGCACUUCCACCCUCUAUCCCCACCAUAACCGCUUUCUCCCACACCUCCGAAGACGACAUGGCUUCUGUGGCUGACUGCAGGAUUGUCUCCUUAGGACGAUGAAAGGGCUGAGGAGGCUGGGAGCAGAUGGCAAGAAGAGCUGGUGCUGAACUUUCUCUCCUAGCGUGUUGCCUGGAUUUCAAAUCCACAGUAACCUGCUGCCCUCCGGCUCCUCUGGGUUCUCCCCCCACGCCCCCCAGGGGGGGAGGGGAGAUGGCAAAGCGUUCCUGACUCUUCAGAGCCAACAACGGUCCAUCGCCUCUCGCUCCCAGGAUGCGCUGAUGGUCCCCACUGGGGAGCAGACCCUGAUGAUUGGGCCUCAAAGGCCAGAAACAAGGCACCGGGGAGCAGAAAGCUCUACACUCCUCCAGAAAGGGGUGAUUGAGCCCCCAUCCCCUGGCCUCCGUCCUGUGCCUGUGCCAGGACAGCUUCCUCUCACUCAAACGGCGAUGCCCCCCGUGGACAAACCGCCUGAUCGUUUGGUUCUGAGGCCUGGUUUGCUCUUAAUUCCUAGAUGGACUCCUCGGACCUUAACCCUUUUCCUGAGCUUUCUUUACUGCACUGGAGUUCAACUUCCUUUGAGUUGUGUGAGGGGGUGGGAGGGUUGAGGGGGGGUUAUUUUGUUGUUGUUUUGUGGUUUUUUUGUUUUCGUUUUUGUUUUGCUGAUUGGUGCAUAUAUUCAGGUACCACCUUUGACGUGUGGAUCUCUCUCCUGACCACCAUGGGAAGUGUCUGCCAGAUUCCAGUUUCUAAGUUUCUGAGGGUGAGGCUCUUACUUUUUUUUUAAGGGAGCCAAUCUAUUUCCUGCACUUCAAGAAGAAUCAAAAUGUUCCUGAAUUUCAAAUACCUCAUGCAAAAAUGUCUCCUGAAAUAAGGGAAAAACAAAACAAAACAAAACAAAACCACACAACAAA